CGCUUGAGGGCGCGCUUUACCAAAACAAUGAAAAAAAAAAUUGCAAAAUGGUCGUUGAAAUCGAGAAAUUUUUUGGUUGUUAUUUGCUGCUGAAUUUGAAUCCGGAUUUCAAAGGAAGGACUUACAUCGGUUUCACAGUGGACCCAAGAAGAAGAAUUAACCAACAUAACAAGGGAAGCAAGUAUGGUGGGGCUAAACGCACGAGUGGAAAGGGUCCUUGGGAAAUGGUCUUGAUUGUGUAUGGCUUUCCCAAUAAAGUCUCAGCUUUGAUGUUUGAGUGGGCCUGGCAGCACCCAAGACUCUGCAAACGUCUCAAGCAUGUCCCAGGCAAACGGAAAACAGAGAAGAGAUUUCUGUUUGACCUGCGUGUCCUGUCCAACAUGCUGAAGGUGGGUCCGUGGUGCCGUCUACCCCUGACCAUCCAAUGGUUGAAGCAGGAACAUAUGAGAGAGUUUGAGGAUGGAUUACAACCACCGGUUCAUAUGCCCAUUGCAUUUGGUCCAGUCACGUCCAUUAAGAUGCACUCCAAAACGAAGAAGAAACUCUCCAAGAAGUCUAAUAAGAAUGCAGAGAGUAACUUGGAGGAGACAGAGGAAGACAGAUGUAGUGAAGACAUGGUAGAGAUGACCCAGAGAGCUAACAAACGAUGUGAUGUCUGCUCAAAGAGAUUACAGCCGGACUCUACAUCCACCUUAUCCUGCGUCCAUCCGACAUGCUCCAUGAAGGCGCACAUGCUCUGUUUAGCCGGUCAAUUCCUCAGGCAUUCUGCCGGAGACUUUUUACUGCCGGUCGACGGAAGCUGUCCACUUUGCAAAAAGAAUGUCUUAUGGGGAGAUCUGAUUCGGAAGAAGGAAGGUUGCUACUCAACUCUCGCAGUCUGUGACGAUGACGACACUGAUGAUCACUGGGCAGAGGAAUUGAGAGCACAGUGACCUUUGACCUCAAGUCACAUGAUAUCAACAUCUU